CCCCCGUUCCAGUUUGGCGGACCGUCUCGCAUAAUAACAACGUCCAACAACUCCUCACAAAGGUCCAAACAGGCCAUUCAUCGUGUCCAAGAUGCUCGCCUUUGAGCCGAUUUGUGGUCCACUGGUCCAUGUGGAUUCUCAUUCUUCGCAAUAUGACAAAUUCCUGUCGAGCCCGCAUCUCUAUAUCACCUUAUCUCUGGUUCGAUUGCAAGUCGACGACCCCUUCACGUGUGCCAGAUGAAAUGCGCGAGAGACGAACCUCCUCCUCUUGUUCCCUCCCUCCCAUUCAUUCACUUUCACCAUCGUCAGGCCGCAGUCCGUAUCCAUGGCAGUAAUUAAGUUCGAGAUUUCACUCGUCCUUCAACCACCGAGUGGAUAUGCCGACGCCAGAACUCGUCUGCCUCCUGCGUUCGGGUUCGUGCAUGGCAUGAACGACCCAGCCCAGUCAACUGGCUCUUUUGUCUGGGGCCAAAAACAUUUGCCAGGAUGCACUCGGCCUCGAACCUCGAAACCUUUCCUAAGCGUGCAGUUUAAUUCCAUUUUCCAGUGGAUACAUUGUACUAUAUUAUAUGAUCAUCGGUUGUGGCGAGCACACUUUGCGUUUGAUCUGUCCAACUUCCGUGACUCCAUGUCUCCUUCAAGCUUAACUGGCUUCCGUGCAACUUGCAGAAACAACAGCAUCGUGUUGACAACUUAGCAUAUUCGAAGAGGCGAAGGAGGACAAGCAGAUCUCUACAGCUGCGAGUCCAUAAUUCAGGUGGAUUGGAUUGUGAUCGAGUACGAGGACAUACCUUUUGUGAUUCACGACCAUCAUCUCAUCUGUACAUUGGGUUUUCCAAGCAGCUACCUACCUGAGACUUCGUCAACAAGGUUGUGAAACGAUGUUCCCCCCUGGCUGUGUCUACUCGAUUGGAAUUGACCUGACUUUGGGAUCAUACCAAGCCUAGCUCCCCAUGCCUUAAUUCUGCAUUGAAUAACAAGAGAAUUCAAACCUUUGAGGAUAUAUGAAGACUUGCUCCCUUCGGAUCAUGA